AUGAAUCACAGUGAGUCCGUUCCCUGGACCAUGUGUCAGGCUCUGAGCUGAUGUUCUGUGUGGAUUUGCGCCUCUGGAUACCGUUUGCACCUAGUUGGAACGCAACAUGAUCGACUACGAGCGUCCCUGUCCAUUAGGCUUCGGGCCGGCUGGGAGGGGCCCGCUGGUGCCGGAGCUCCCGACGCACACACACACGCACACACACGCGCUGACCGCCAUGCCUCAGAGAUACUCCCACCAGAGGAGGAAGGCCAGCACGGCGGCCGCUCGGAGGAUGGAGCGGAGACGCAGGGAUCAGGGCAAGAGCAGCAGCAGCAACAACAACAACAACACAAGCGGACAAAACCACAACCACAACCACAACCAGCGCUCCAAGAAGCUGGCCAUGCUCUCCAGGUCGCUGAUCCUUUGUCAUUCUAAGACAAACGAUGACCUCCCCAGUCCAGAAGACAGACACACUAGGGACACCUCCGAUGGAUUCAGACAGUGGGAUUCAGACUGGAGGACGGACCUGAGUGGCACUGGUCAAACUGGGAACAGGGAUGUAGAGAACGGACACUGGAGGAACAAUCAGCCAUCGGCCCCGGACAAACAAAAAACUCAGACAGCCAAUCCGAACACAUCACUCAGGGAGAACAAGAGGAGCAUUAGGAGGACUUUCAGCAUUAAGGAGAGCAGUAUCUGGAGGAUGUGUGUAGCCACGCCGCCCUGUGAGGAUUUGUGUGGACCACAAAUGUCCGAUAACGGCGUCCAGACAGAGGACAAAGAGGCCAAAGUGGAGUCGGGGAGGAAGGGAGCGGAUGUGCUCAGGGGCUGCAGCUUCCUGAACCCAGACAGACUGGCUCCCUUUAACGGACAGUGUCUGAACGGCGGGGCUUGGAUGGAGGUGGAGGGGAUGAGGAGUGUUCACAUUAAAGCCUACUGUGAGGACGUCUCCACAUGUGAAGACUCAUAUUCUCAUAGUCUGAACACCAGCCCGCACACUUCUGAGGCUCUGUCUCUGCCAGGAUACACAGAUGAAGAGCUACUGGCCAACAACAACCACCUCAAGUUGCCAAUCCCAGAGGUGAAUGAGGAAAGAAGCUGGGAGACUGAGAAAACAGAGCCAAGCCCACCAGGACAGACGGACAAUAACAGGACACGUUCCAGUUCAACCACAGGCGUUCACCCCUAUUGGAUUGGGGAUCUGGAGACCAUCAUCAUGAAGACCCCAGAACUGUACGCUCCUCAUCCUCAUGGGAACAAUGGCUUAUAUGGAAACAGGAAGUCUCUGUCCCAGCAGCUGGAGUUUCUUCACACCGCAACACAGCCUGUGCACCGUCCCUCCCGUUCCCUCAGUUCUGCUCAGCUGGUUCACUCCUGCAGCAACGUGCAGGCUUUUAUCAUCUGUAAUAUUGUCCUGAUGAAGGGACAUGGCAAGGGUCUGGGCUUCAGUAUAGUGGGUGGACAGGACAGCAUGUACGGACCAAUGGGCAUCUACGUGAAGACCAUUUUCCCAGGAGGAGCUGCAGCUGCUGAUGGACGACUGCAGGAAGGUGAUGAGAUACUGGAGCUCAAUGGAGAAUCCUUACAUGGUCUGACUCAUGAUGAAGCCCUGAACAAGUUCAAACAAAUCAAGAAGGGCCUGCUGACCCUGGUGGUGCGGACCAGUCUCCGGGUAGGGGCCCUGUGUGGACAGGCUCAGGUGGCCCAGCUGUGCCGGUCCCGUUCGCUCAGCUCCACCACAGGCAUGGCCCGGGUCAGCGCCGACAUCAGCGACUACAACUACCUGAGCAACACCUGCAACAACACACUGAGCGUCCCAGACCAGUGUCCCACCGCCAAACCCAGGGACCGCAUCAUGAUGGAGAUCACCCUGCACAAAGAGACUGGUGUUGGUCUGGGUAUUGGACUGUGCUGUGUCCCCUCUGCUGACGGAUGUCCUGGGAUCUACAUCCACACCCUGUCUCCUGGAUCUGUGGCGCACAUGGACGGUAGACUCCGGUGUGGGGAUGAGAUCAUGGAGAUCAACGACACUGUGGUUUAUAACAUGGCGCUGAAUGACGUCUACACCGUUCUGAGUCAGUGUACACCGGGUCCGGUCCAGAUCAUCAUCAGUCGUCACCCUGAUCCAAAGGUGUCAGAGCAGCAGCUGAACGAUGCCAUCGCUCAGGCCGUGGAAAACAGCAAACUGAGAAAGGACAAAAGCCAGUGGAGUAUUGAUGGUGUGCGUAAACCAGAGUCGUGCUCCUACAGGCGUCAGAGAUGUGAGCGCUGUGUGGACCGGAGCUUCAGUCAGCUGACCGUCAGAAGAGCCCAGAAGACCAUGACCCGGUCCUGCAGCGACAACACCAGCAGCCACGAACACAACCGCUGCCUCAACAUCCACAACCUGCACAACACACACCACCACGCAUCGGCCCGCGUCCACAGCCUGGACACGCCCAAGUCGAUGACAGAGACGUGGUCCGACAACAGAUUAUCAGUUCCUGUGUAUCCAGAUGAAGACUAUAACAUCCCCUAUAACUGUCCAGCCGCCACUAAGUCCAGUCAACAGGUCCAAGAUCCAGGUUUUAGAGGAAACAAGCAGGAAGGGGAAGAAAUGCGAGAAGAGUCCGAGGGGAGCAGAAAAGAUCUCAGUCAUCCAGACGCCGCUGCCUUCACCCAGGACCGACUCCACACAGUCGAUCCGUCGGUCGUUUCCCUCUCACAGCCCAAGAGAGCAGCUCUGAGGAGGCAGGGUCGUAUCGAGCAGCUGACUCAGGAGCCUCUGCAGGACCCCUGGGUUCGCCUUUCAGACUCCUCCUCUACAGACCCACCUGAGGACCUCCACCACUUCUUGUCAGAUAGCGUCCACAUCCACAGCAGACCUGUAGCCAUGCAAGAAGAAGAGAACGGACCCGAGCUGAACGGAACCACCUCCAAUGGAACCACAGAGCCUCAUACUGAUCUGGCUCCUGAAAACAAAACCGACACCUCUUCGGGGUCCAAGAAGGGGCCUCCGGUGGCACCCAAACCUGCCUGGUUUCGCCAGAGUCUGAGAAAAAUCCGAGAUGAGCAGGACCAGAAGAAGCCGGCUAAACCUGCAGAGCGUACACCUGUAGCAGGAUCCGGCAGAAGCUUUGUGGUCCGAUGUGCCUCGUCUUCAGCCAACCUGUCAAUCAAACAAAAGAUCCACUCGUUUGAGACUUUUUCAGGUGCAGAGAGUCAGGACAGCGGGGGCAGCAGGAGGCCAGCAGGUCCUUCAGCCUCUGGACCUCCGGCUGAAAAGGAGUUUAUGCAUCAGCCUGAAAGAAGUUGGAAGAGCAAAGAGGAAUCCCCCAAAGAGGUCCAGGAAAACCAGCCUGCUUCACCCUUGCCCAGAGUCGCAGCGUCUAGCCCAACAGCAGACACAUCCGUAGAAGAAGACCCUCCCUCCGCAGACGUCACACCUUCAGGGGACUCUACAACGGAUCCGGACUCAGAGGUGAAGGAUUCGCCUUCAGCUCCGGUCCAUGUUGACAUCACCCUCACACCGUCUACCACAGAGUCAGGGUUAGAUGGAGGAGGUCUGAACAGGUCUGCAGAGUCCACGGUCCAACCUUCUGCUGGUCUGAGCUCUGUCAGAUCCAAUGGAGCUGGAGAGGAAAGUCCACCAGAGGGAACUGAGGAACAGGACCAGGGAAAACCAUUGGAGUCCGACCCAGAGACUAACACCAACAAAGGACUGGAGGGAGAGGGUUUUGGGAAGAUCCUUGCCUUCAGUAAUCAGGUUUCUCAUGCGUUGAUGCGAUCCUUCCCUCAUGGAAACUCUCGGUCCACGAACCCUCAGGACGACCCUGCUGGAGAGGCCGCUGAGUCUCAGGAGUCUGACCUGGACAGUGACAGAGGAUUCUCUGUCAGCUUGGCCAAACUGAGGGAGGUCACCAUCCGACGGGGGGAGGGAAGCAGCGACGACGAGGCGACGCUCACUUCUGCUUCUGCUCAGUCCGUCAUCUCAGUCAUCCCCUCGCAGGAAAUACAGGAGAUGAUCCAGGAAGUAGAAGCUCUGGACGAGGAGACGCUGAAGCAACUGGUGGACAUUCAUGUUGUCAUCCUGCACAAAGAGGAGGGGGCGGGGCUAGGGUUCACCAUCGCCGGAGGGUCCGACUUGGAAAACAAAGCUCCGACAGUCCACAGGGUGUUUCCCAGCGGCCUGGCGGCUCAGGAGGGAACCAUCCACAAAGGAGACCAGGUGUUGUCUAUAAAUGGACAGACGCUGAGCGGCGCCACGCACGCCGACGCCACCGCCGCCCUGCGUCAGGCCCGGACGCUCAACCUGGCCGUGGUGGUCGUCUGUAAGAGAGGAGGCGAGGAGGAGAAAGAGGGCGGAGUCUGGCGGAGCGAAGAGUCCAGUUCUGCAGUGGAGGAACAGGGGGAUGUGCUGACCAUCACCCUGGAGAAAGGAGGAGGAGGGGUGGGGUUCUCUCUGGAGGGAGGAAAAGGCUCCAUCCACGGGGACAGACCGUUAGUCAUCAACAGGAUCUUCACAGGGGGAGCAGCUGAGCAGAGCGGUCUGCAGUCUGGAGACGAGCUGCUGCAGGUCCAGGGGGUGGUUCUGCAGGACAUGACCCGCUUCGAGGCCUGGAACAUGAUCAAGGCUUUACCUGAAGGAGUCGUCACCACCGCCAUCAGGAGGAGGCGCUAGGGAGAUGCAGCUGCGGGGGGUGGGGCUAACUUCAAGUACUGAGGCCCAGACACCAAACAGACAGAAGAACAGCACAGCAUUUUUAGUCUUUUAAUGAACAUGUCAUGGAAAUCAGGUACCAGUCAGUCAGUGUUUAAGGAAUAUGUUCAAAGUAUUUAUGUUGAUGUUCCAUUUGUGACCAGAUGCAAAGGUUUAUUAAACUUCAGUUCACCCA